AUGAGAUCCCUGAUCUUCCUCAGUCUAUUCUUCAUCGCCACCAUCUAUGCUGUUGACAUUGAUCAAUGUUCUGGACGUGAGUUACAAGAAACGCGCCAGCAAACACUCAAUACUGACGCAUUUCAUUUACAGCAUGUACGUACGGCCCCUGUAUCGCAGGUCAUUCUUGUAUCGCCGGUGCCUGUUGUCCAGGUGAGCUACAAAAAAUGCGUCAGUGAAGGUAUAUAAGGUAUAUUUUUGUUAGAUUACGAAGUUCCAACUUCUGCACCUCCAAAAUGCCGUGAUAUUCAUCGUCAUCCGGCGACUGGAAAGAAAGAUUGUGCGAAAUUGGCAUAUCUUUGUACAGAUGUCUAUUUUUAUGACGUCAUGACUAAUUAUUGCUCGGCUACUUGUAAUCGAUGUAAUCUUGUUGGACCAACUACAGCUUCAUGA